GUGGCCUGCCUUGCAGCUUGCAGCCCGCGGGGAGGCGGACCCGAACAUUCAACCCCGCCUUCAAGGCUAUUUAAAUCCCCUCACCUGAGGUAACUCUUUUCUAGUCUCCCUCUCACCACGAAUGCCAUUGGAGGUUGACACGAACGUUUUGGCGGUGGGUCUGGACAGUCUGACACUCGGAGGUGCAACGCCUCAUUAGAGGAGUCUGGAGGAGAGAUGAAGAUGCAGAGGAGGAGAUGAAGCAUCCUGCAGGGAUCAUUGUGCUGAAGGAUUACAAGGGACAGGAAGAGGAUUUCAGCUGACCGUUUUCAUCGUCUCUGUUUCUUUUGCUUGGACGUCUUGGAGGAGAGCACCUGACUGCUGUAGGGACCCUCAGCAUUCACCUGCAUGGAUCUGCCGGAUUAUUACCUGAGUGACACCUGGGCAGGCAGCUGGCUCGGGGAUUAUUACAGACCAGUUGGUGCUGUACAGUGACCGAGCAGUUACCUGAAGUCUCUUCCUGCAGAUUGGGCUCGCGGAAAGAAGACAGUGGAGCUCCAGACAGACAGCGGGGCUCCACGGCUGCUGCACGCCGGCCAAAGCGCGCCGGCUGCCGGAUGGAAAGCGUGCGGACUACCGGGGCGAUGCGGAUGCGAGCGGUGCAGGCGCGCACAGGCUGCCGCUCGGACCUUUCACAGCCGGCGUCGGGAACUCUGUCCCGGACAAGCUGAGGCUUCCUCGCCGCGGGGGGAAGCGAGAGGAGGAUAUGGAGGAGGUUGAGCGAAAUGGCAUCUUGUUUAAUUUGUGCCAAUCAAGACGAGAGGAAGACAAGUCCCAGACUGGCAGCCGUAUCCCCUCCACUACAAAGCCCCAACAACAACAGCGGAGCUGUGGCGCUGGAAGUGGAGUGGAGUUGGGUCUUUGUCCGGACAGAUGUAGCGACAACAUCCCAAACAAAAACCGCUUAUUUGUGCUGAGAUGAGCCCGUCUGCCUUCUGUGUGUUGGCAUUCAACUUCACUAAACAAAAGACUGGGGGAAACAUCUUGGAUUACCUUUCCUCUUUUCAGCGCUAAAAACCAGCCACCCCCCUCCACACACACACACACACACACACACACCACCGCCAUUCAAUGCUUUGAGUUAACUAACAAAGUUUAUUUAAGUGUUGUUAUGUUAUUGGGGCCGUAAGUGGGGGCGAAUUAGUGACUUUUUGAUUUUGAACAGCAGAAUGUCAGCCGGGACUUGGAUGGGAUGCGAGAACAAUGUUGUCCCCACCUUCAGCACGAGAUGAUACUGACACCAUUAAUGUCAUAAUUUGUUGGAUUUAUUUAACGUUUUUUCAAAAUUAAUUUUCUACGUAUUUUUACUUCUAUGUUACCUUUUAGACUUUGGGUUUGUUAGAAUUUAGACUUCACAUUUAACUGGAAAAAAUAAGCCCAAAACAUAACAAAGUUGUCUUGUUCAUUAGACAUUUUAAUACAUAGAUUUUAUUAGCAAACUUUUUUUUUGUCCUAUUUGACUCAGCAAGUUUGUAAGGCGACAUUUUAUAAUUUCCCUACAAUAGUCAGCAAGCUUUUUCCCCUUCCUCUUCCUCUGUUUAAUACUUUAAAAUAUUCACAAAGUGCCACCGUGUAUAUAUUCCCAGAGAAAUAUCUCCAUAAGCCUGGAAAUAGUAAAUAUGUACUUUGUAUUGGCUCAUAUGGGCAGCCUGAGUGUGUGUGUGUGUGUGUGUGAGUCUCGGGGCAGCACAGACCCCGCCCAUUUAUGCUAAUUACGGCCUCCCAUUGGUGUGUCAGGGGAGCAGGCCGGCUCUGAUUGGCCAGGUCGAAGCCAUUUAUACGCUGACAGCCCCGUCACAUGAAUGGUUGUCUAUUAACUUGUUCAAAAACUAUCUGGAGUUGUCAAGGCUCGGGCGGACAGCGGCGAAAAAGUACCGUUUGUUGAUGCUUUUUCGGAGAAGCGACGGGAGAAGUUUUGUGGACACAACAUAGCAGGAACCUAUUGGGAGAAGGCUCUUUGUCACACACACUCACUCACACACACACGCACUCUGACACACACUCGCUGAGAGGGGAGAGUGAGAGAGAGAGGGAGAGUGUGUGGAGACGCGGCUUGGUGCGUGUUGUUUUUCUGUCCAGAGAAAAAGUUGCAGAGAAAAAUCGACAGGUAACUUUUAGCAGCAGCGCUGCGCUCCUCACUGUCCUGCCUCUGGCUUGUGGAGUUUGUCUCUGUGUGGGCUUUUUUUUUUCCUCUUCUGCUCGGGAGCUCCAACUGAAAGCUGUUCCUGAUGUAUAACAUGAUGGAAACUGAACUGAAGCCCCCAGCUCCCCAGACCAACACGGGGGGCUCGGGCAACACCAACACGUCCGGCACCGGCGCCAAUCAGAAAAACAGCCCGGAGCGGGUCAAGAGACCCAUGAACGCCUUCAUGGUGUGGUCCCGGGGCCAGAGGAGGAAGAUGGCGCAAGAAAACCCCAAAAUGCACAACUCGGAGAUAAGCAAGAGGCUGGGCGCAGAGUGGAAACUUCUGUCGGAAAGCGAGAAGAGACCUUUCAUCGACGAAGCCAAGAGGCUGCGGGCCCUGCACAUGAAGGAGCAUCCGGAUUACAAAUACCGGCCCCGGCGGAAAACCAAGACCCUCAUGAAGAAGGACAAGUACACCUUGCCCGGCGGGCUGCUGGCUCCGGGAGGGAACGGGAUGGGAGCUGGAGUCGGUGUAGGGGUGGGGGGCGGGCUGGGCGGUGGGGUGAACCAGCGGAUGGACAGCUACGCGGCGCACAUGAACGGCUGGACCAACGGUGGCUACGGCAUGAUGCAGGACCAGCUGAGCUACCAACACCCGGGGCUGAACGCGCACAACCCGGGCCAGAUGCAGUCCAUGCACCGCUACGACAUGAGCGCCCUGCAGUACAACACCAUGACCAGCUCCCAGAGCUACAUGAACGGCUCCCCGACGUACUCCAUGUCCUAUUCCCAGCAAACCACGCCGGGAAUGACCGCCUUGGGCUCCAUGGGGCCCUCCUCAGUGGUGAAGUCCGAGUCCAGCAGCUCCAGCCCCCCCGUCGUCACCUCGUCGUCCCACCGGGCCGCCCCGGGCUGCCAAAGCGGAGAUCUGAGGGACAUGAUCAGCAUGUACCUGCCCGGGGCGGAGGUCAGCGAGCAGACCGCCCAGACCAGGCUACACAUGUCCGGGCACUACCAGAGCACCGUGCCCGGGACGACGAUCAACGGCACGCUGCCCUUAACACACAUGUAAGAGACACACAGCAAACAGAGAGAGAGAGAGAGAGACAGAGAGAGAGAGAGAAAUGACUUUUAUAAGAGAAACUGUGGACUAUUAACGUUGGACUAUUUUUGUACAGAAAAAUUUCGGGGUGGGAAAAGUUGUAUAGAAGUCUCCAGGAAAAGGACACACGACUCUUUUUUUUCUUUCAUUUUAUUCUGAGGAAGCUCUAGAGGAACGGUAGGAGAUUCCCUCUUCACUGGUGGAUGAAGUUUGGAAGAUUAGAAAGUGGGAGUCGCAAUCAAAUGUUUUAUUAUUGCAAUCACCUUUUGUACAGUAUUUAUCAAAGACACAUUACAAUCAGAUGAAAUUGUUUGUUGAACUGCAAGAGGUUGCAUUUUUUUUUCCUUUUUUUAACAUAAAGCAACUCCAGUUCUGCAGAAAAUAUUAAAAGUGGCAGAGCUGCAGUUGAUGUGGGGGCGAUCAGUUAUGCUCCUUUAUUACUGCAAACAUUGGAAAGAAAAGGGACAUAAAACGAAGCAGGUAAUGCUGUUUCUUUUUUUUUUUUUUUCAUUUAAGGUCAAUAUUACUAAACAUUUUAAUUUCUUUAAAAAAAAAUGAUAAAGCGUUUUUUUCCGCUCAUACAGCUUAAAAUAUAUAGGUUGUUAAUUUAUAUUUCCGUCUCCCACUUUUCAUCUGUUAGAGGUAUGACGCUUGUGCUCUUUAUUUUCUAAUUGAUUUGUACAAUUUCUGUAUAUUUACUGUGAUAUUUUAAGUUUUUAUUUCAAAAUUCAUUCCCGUAGUUGUAUUUUAAAAAUUGUGGCCUGUACGCAGAAGCCAACACUCCAUGUAUAUAUAUAUACCGGAACUAAUACCAUCCUUAUAACAGUUACAAUUUCAGCUGAGUAUAUUUUUUUUUCAAUAUGCAGUUUGAAAUGAAUAAAUUUUGGAAAUUUGGAUA